AUGGUCCCACCCCACCCAAAUCCUUCCGCUUCCAUUGCCUCUUGGAAGUACGACGAGGUCAAACCUCUCCUCCUCUCAGCCGGCGACAUCAUCGGCGCCGAAGAAGCUGAACGCCGGGUGCUGAUGUUGGUCAACCCAUCCUUGACUGCCCCUUAUACAACCGAUUCCAUCUACGCCGGGCUCCAGCUUAUCCUCCCUGAAGAAACCGCGCCCGCGCACCGGCAUGUGGCCUUUGCCCUGCGCUUCAUCAUCGAAGGCACCGAUGGCUUUACGGCCGUUGAGGGUGAGAAGAUCACCAUGGAGAAAGGCGAUGUGAUUUUGACGCCCAGCUGGCACUGGCACGACCACGGGAACGAGAACAAGGAAGGGAAGCCCAUGAUCUGGCUUGAUGGGCUCGACCUCCCGCUUUACCGGUACUUGCCCGUCAACUUUGCGGAGCCGUAUGCGGAAAAGAGAUAUCCGAGCACACCAGUCAAAGAGAGCAAAUUGCGGUUUCCUUGGGCCAAUGUCCAGAGGCAACUAGACUCUGUUGAGGGAGACUAUGCUAUCUACCACUAUCGCCACGAGGAUGGCAGCCACUUGUCCAAGACGCUGAGUGCUCAAGCGGAGAGAAUUGCCGCGGGAACAGUGACGAAGAAGAAGAGGGAGACGACGUCAUUUGUAUAUCAUGUGUAUGAAGGCAAAGGGUAUUCGACUAUCUUGCUACCAGAUGGAAAGACGGAGCAGGUGGUGAACUGGAACCCGCGGGACACGUUCACCGUACCGGCCUGGGCUCAAGUCUCCCAUACUUGUUCUCACGAAGCGGGUCAGGCGUACUUGUUUGCUAUCAACGAUCGGCCAAUGGUUGAGGCGUUGGGAUUGAGUCGGGAACAGUGA